CGAUCCGACACCAGUGCCAAGCGCGCAGGCUGAAUGAAGCUCCUCUCGACCUUCGAAACAUCAUCAAUCUGUUCAACUCUUCCAGUACAGAAGCAUCUACGUUGCUCGCCUCCAUCUCUCAGCUAAGCUUCUUCCGCUCGACAACGCUCCGUCGACUCUACCUCAUCUCAUAACAUCACGCAAGUCGCGCAAAGAAACUCAAUACCGUCAAGAUGUCUACCGAUCUCUGCCCCGUCUAUGCGCCCUUCUUCGGUGCCAUGGGCUGUACAUCUGCCAUCGUUUUCACCUGCUUCGGCGCCGCAUAUGGAACUGCAAAGUCCGGUGUCGGUAUCUCUGCCAUGGGUGUUCUUCGACCAGAUUUGAUUGUCAAGAACAUUGUCCCCGUCAUUAUGGCUGGUAUCAUCGGUAUCUACGGUCUCGUCGUCUCGGUGUUGAUCUCCGACAACCUUUCGCAAAAACUGCCCCUCUUUACCAGCUUCAUUCAACUCGGUGCUGGUCUUUCCGUCGGUCUGUCCGGUCUGGCAGCUGGCUUCGCCAUUGGUAUCGUUGGUGAUGCUGGUGUUCGAGGAACUGCUCAACAACCCCGUCUGUUCGUCGGCAUGAUUCUUAUCCUCAUUUUCGCCGAAGUCUUGGGUCUUUACGGACUUAUCGUCGCUUUGUUGAUGAACUCCAAGGCAUCGGUCGAUGUGACAUGUUAA